UUCUUUUUUAUCGACAUCGUCGUCGUUGUCUCCGCCGUCGAAGGCUUGACGACCCUCGUCCGAGUUUGGCGCUCGCCGCGGUUGAGUAGUGUAGAGAGUUCACGUAUCCCCAGUAGUUGCGAGUUCGAUGUCGCGUCGACUAAGCCAGGUUUCUCGCCAGUGAUCGCGCUCUCGGAAGUGUAUAGUUUUGAGGCGGUUGACAUCUGGUCGGUUCAAUUCGGUUGAUUUCGCGGGUCAAAGUUUGUCCUUUUUUUUGUUGCUGUUUCGUGGAGUCAGUGAACGGUGCUGGUUAUCAUCGGUUCAGAGCAACGGCAAGUUCAGUUGGCUGGUGAUCUCGUUACGUGGCGGUUUGUUCUUCGAAGAAGAGACGUGGUCGCGACGAUCGACGGGUUGACGAUCUGUGUGAAGCGAGCAAAAAAGUGUUCAAGAUGACGGAGUCGUACGAGAAGGAUGACUACAUGAGUGACCUGGUCAACUUCAACAGUCCCGUGUCGUCCCAUAACCAUCAUCAUCAUCAUCAUCACAACCAUCACCAGCAUCAGCACCACCACAAUCUUCAUCAUCAGACCCAUGGUCACCACGGCAGCAAUGUCAACAACUAUUCCGGUGGUGGUGGAGGAAGUAGCGGCAGCAACAGCAGCAGCGGCAACAGCAGCCACAACACUUCCAUCAAUGGUAGCAACGACGGCGGAGACAUCCUCGCCGAGGAGGACGAGAUGCUGCUCUGGAGAGCUAGAAGGUUGGUUGAGAGACCCCCGACGACGACGAUCUUGGGUUGAACUCUACGACUGUGUGACGUCGAGCACGCGAAAAAAAACCAGAUUUGCAAGUUUUUUUUCGUUGUCCAUCGACAUCGACUUGUACUACAGCCUAUAGGCUAUAGCUGAGAGGAGGAGGUAAAGGUUGUCUCUGCUGUGCUGAUGGGAGUUCUGAGAGUUGUGCUGUGUAUACAAACACAGUAAGAGGGUGCUUGUUGGGGUGACACGCGAUUGCAAAGUUUCGGCGUGACUGGCUGGACUGGCGGACCGGAUGUUGUGGUUUGAGCUAGGUGGUCUGCCCACUUGAUGUUGGAGUGGGGAGGGGGAGAUUGGUUCUAAGUUUGGACAGACUGGUCUUAUAGUUUUGGUUUUUGUGUUUGGUUUGAUCAGAUUAGUUGCGUUGAUUGAUGAAAUUGUUCUGCAAAAUAAGGUGACGAAAGAAACUGGAUU